AUGGCGAUGCCAUCGAACGAAAUUUGUAUAAUUGGAGCAGGGGUUGCAGGAUUGAAAGCUGCUCAAGCCCUUGUGGACUCAACCAAGUUUUCCUCUAAAGAUUUGGUUAUCUUGGAGGCUCAAGAUUAUGCUGGAGGAAGGCUUUUAACCAGCGAUGUAAAAGAAUCGAAAUUAGGAUUGAAGUAUGAUUUGGGUGCUGCUUGGUUCCAUGACUUACUAUCGAACCAAACCUUGGCCGAUCUAAUUGCCGCCAACGAUCCUGACAUCUUUGACGUGGGGGAGGACGGGUAUUUCGACAAUAAGGAUCGCAAAGUGUAUAACCAAGACGGUCCGGUCAAUAUGAUUGAACUGAAGUUGAACCGGGUAGUGGAGGAAAUGGAGAAAUUCAUCGAGAUAUACUUCCAUGACUCUUUAGACGUGAAGGAUGUAUCGUUGAGUGAAAUCAUUGAAGAAUACAAGAGACAGUAUGAUGUUUUCCUUACUCCGAUUCAGAAAAAAUUAAGUGGUCAAAUAUUAAGGUACUUAGAGUUAUGGUAUGGUAUAACCUGGGAUAAGAUAAGCGGGAAGUAUGCUAUAAUGGAUCACCAUGGACGUGAUCUAUAUAAUAAAAGGGGAUAUAAAACUCUAAUUAAUUAUUUAUGCAAAUCCAUUCCUCCACAGCAAAUCCAUUUAAACACUCAAGUAAAGAAGAUAAAUCGAAAUAAUCAACUCAAUGACUAUAACAUAGCUUUGGAAACAGCCAAUGGUGAGGUAUUUCUCUGUAAUUACUUGGUGGUUACUGUUCCUCAAAGUGUUCUUCAACUAGACCCCAAACAUCCCUAUGGUUUAGAAUGGAAUCCUCCUCUUCCAGACAGAAUAACCGAUGCUUUAUCAUCAAUUCAUUUUGGUGCUUUGGGUAAAGUUGUUUUUGAGUUUGCAACCCCUUGGUGGGACCUUAACGAAGAUCGUUUUUUAAUUUUAGCUAGUGAAAAUGAUACCGUCCCUUCAAAGCAAAUCACAGAAUCCCCCCCGCCAUUUACUUUCCCAGCGUACGUGCUCAACUAUGCUUCAAUACAUAAAUCGGCCAGUGCUAGCAGUCUUGUUAUUCUUACUCAAUCGCCACUAACCGAAUAUUUAGAGGCACAUCCCGAGAAGGCUUGGUCUUACUACGAACCAAUGCUUCGCCGCCUCUGUGCCCACGGCCAGUCAGUCGCCGACCCCAUCAACACCAUCACCUCCAAGUGGACUCAGAACCCGUUUAUUCGGGGGUCCUACGCUGCUCUUCACGUCGACGACGACCCUUCGGACUUGAUCAUCCAGCUUCUGGCCCAGUUCCCCGGCACCGGCCUCUACAACUGCCCAAUCCGCUUUGCCGGCGAGCACACCAUUUCUGACGGUGCCGGAUGUGUACACGGUGCUUAUCAAAGCGGCAUUGAUGCUGCAAACUGGAUCAUCGAUAACAAAGUAUAG